AUGCACGACUAUACAGAGGGCGCAUCCCCUCAGGAUAUCCGGGCCGCUGCCCACGCAUCCACCAGGCGCCGUCGAGACUCCCAAAUCGGUUCCGCAUACGGCGAUAACGACGAUGAAGGUGCGGUGUUUGGCGGUCCUCAAGCAGCUCUCGUCCCCAGCUCUGUCUCCAGCUUCCACCGAGAAAGACCCCUAUGGCGUCGAGACAGCCGACGUAAGAGCAUAGACAGUCGGAGGAGGAGUAUAUCUAGUCGUCGGAGCAUAGGGAGCCGAAGAGCAAGCAUCGAUAGUCGGGCCGUGAGCGAUGCGGAUGCACUUUCAGGCGACGAGGGGGCUGUGCAGCUAGAGAGCCCGAGCAUAGAAGACACCGAACGCGCUGCCAGAACCGGUAUGUUUGCCUCGUUCACGGGGCUGUUCAGGACCGAAACCCAAGACACCCGCCCUGGUAUCUCCCGUCGCACAUCCGAAGCCUCUUCAGUCGGCCAAUGGGACAUUCCACUCGGCUCCGACGUAUCUGGCUCUCCUCUCCCUUCUCCAACCGCUUCUUUGCCAAUCAUCACAGGUGGAGACCCAUUUUUCGGAGACACACGCAUCGACAUUUCUCCCCCCGCUUCUCUCUAUGACGUUGACGCUACUUUACCCGAGUCCAGGCAGAACGUAUACGUAGCCGACGAAGAUGCCCAUCUGCGGCUUACGGGAUACACCCGAGUCGCAUGGCGAAAUCUCGUAUGGUACGCCUUGUCCAUUCUCUCAUUGGGCACCCUCGCUCUGGUCGGACGCUGGGUCCCAACCAUGUGGCUCCGCUUCGUAGCUCGCGAAGUUGGCUUUCCCGAUGCGGAUUUUGUGGUCGUCGAGACCGAACACGCAGAUUUCCUUAUGGUCGAUAUUAACACUAUCUCAUACCCUUAUCCUUUGGACACAGUCUUCAACAAUGGUUCUGCCAAUCCUACUCCCGGACACUCUACACCAGCCGAAGCAGCCUUGACCAAGCUUGCUUCCAGGGAUCCAAGCAUUAGGUCCAACAUCAGCGGGACCCCAGCCAACGGGCAUUCAAACGGAGGGUCUAAUCUCAACGGGUCAAACAGCACGCUCAAGCCACCUACCGAAAUUAACGGGCUUGGAAAGGGAGAAGCCAUGGGCACUCUUUCGUUUGUGGACUACAGGUACAAUCGAUUCGUGCUCGACCCUCGGUCAAGGAAAUUCGCCAUGCUACGGUACCAACUGGCGGGACCGAACUGGCCGAACCUCUCCUCAAUCACAGGAGGGCUGACUACGGGCACACGAGACCAACGUACAACGGCAUUCGGAGCAAACGAGGUCGAAAUCGAGGCAAAGAGUACAAGCGCACUCUUGAUCGACGAGGUCCUGCACCCAUUCUACGUCUUCCAAAUCGCCUCUAUUCUUCUCUGGUCCCUGGAUGACUAUUAUUAUUACGCAUUCUGCAUCGCUCUCAUCUCAUGCGUCAAGGUCGACGGUGAAUGGCAAACGAAAUUAUCCUCGGACCUCGUCCCUGGGGACACAAUCUCCCUCCUCUCGCCGACUUUGCACACAGUCCCAGCAGACAUCCUGCUCCUCUCCGGAGACGCGAUCGUAAACGAGAGCAUGUUGACCGGGGAAAGCGUGCCUGUCAGCAAGAUUCCCGUUACAGAAGGCGGAGUGAAGAGCUACGUGCUCGGCGCUGGAAAGAACGAUGCGGACGUCGGACCUGAACUUGCCAAGUCGUUCUUGUAUGCCGGGACCCGGGUCGUUCGCGUUCGUGGAUCCGGGGCUGGAGAGGACGCGAUUGGGAUCGUUGUCAGAACCGGAUUCAACACAACCAAAGGCGCCCUUGUCCGUUCGAUGCUUUUCCCUAAACCUAUGGGUUUCAAGUUUUAUCGUGACUCGAUGAGGUUCAUUGGUGUACUUGCCAUUAUCGCCGUUCUCGGCUUCAUGGCCAGCGCUGUGCAGUUUGUUAAACUCGGGAUCGCAUGGCAAACAAUCCUCGUUCGCGCACUAGACCUCAUCACCAUUGUCGUCCCCCCAGCUCUCCCAGCAACCCUCUCGAUCGGCACCGCAUUCGCCAUCUCCCGUCUCCGCAAAGCCGGCGUGUUCUGCAUCGCGCCCACGCGGGUGAACGACGGAUUGGAUGUGUUGGGUGUGCGAGGAAUCGAAGGUUCGGACCAACGCAUGUUUGGAGAACUCGUCCAGUCGGUGCAUGAGCUCCCUCUUCCGCGAGGUCGAGAGAAAAUCAGUAUCGUACAUGCUUUGACGACGUGCCACCAACUUAAAGUCGUCGAUGGAGAAGUGAUCGGUGAUCCGUUGGACGUGAAGAUGUUUGAUUUCACUGGGUGGGAGGUUGAAGAAGGCAAAGUCGGUGGUGGAGGUGGAAGUGGAGGCGGAGGUGCGAGUGUGGGUGCGGGAGAAGGAGGCCCAGAGCGACCUGCGACCUUGGUACAGACUAUCGUUCGGCCGCCCGGCGGUGGCAAAUUCAGACUAGAGGACGCAAUGAAAACCGGCACUCGACACGCACACUUUUUGGAACUGGGAGUGAUCCGCACGUUCGAGUUUGUUUCUGCCCUUCGACGAAUGAGCGUGGUCGUCAAACGGUUAAAGAGUAGCAGUAUGGAGAUCUAUGUCAAGGGCGCGCCCGAGGUUAUGGGUGAAAUCUGCGAUCCCGAGUCGUUCCCUGGAGAUUAUGAGGAUAUGCUUUCGUACUAUACGAAACAUGGGUAUCGUGUUAUUGCGUUGGCUGGAAAGAGUAUUGAGGGGUUGUCCUGGCUUCGGGCCCAAAAAAUGAAACGGGAGCAAGCCGAAUCGAAUCUCAAGUUCCUUGGUCUUAUUGUAUUCGAGAACAAGCUCAAGCCAGGGACUGCUCCUGCGAUUCAGACGUUGAGAGACGCGCAUUUAGUAUGCCGGAUGGUUACUGGCGAUAACCCACGAACAGCCGUUAGUGUGGCUCGUGAAUGUGGACUGAUCAGUCAAAGCGCACAUGUAUUUUAUGCAGUAUUCUCAGAAGGCAAUGCUCAAACUGCGCAGUCAAAGCUUCAUUGGAGUUCGGUUGACGACGCCACGCUGACACUCGACGACUACAGUCUCAAGCCCCUUCUUCCACGCGCACACCAUACGAUCGAAGAAGAAAUCGCAUAUCAGGAUUAUACGCUUGCCGUCUCGGGAGAUGUAUUCAGGUGGAUGGUGAACCAUGCUCCGCUAGAAACACUCCAAAGGAUGCUCGUCAAGGCGCAAAUCUUUGCACGGAUGUCCCCAGACGAGAAACACGAGCUCGUAUCGCGUCUGCAAUCCCUUGGAUAUACUGUUUGUUUCUGUGGAGACGGUGCCAACGACUGCGGCGCUCUCAAAGCUGCCGACGUUGGUCUUUCAUUGUCGGAAGCCGAAGCGAGCGUUGCCGCACCGUUCACGAGCCGCACGCCUGAUAUUGGAUGUGUGAUCGAGGUUAUUCGAGAAGGGCGUGCUGCGCUUGUGACGAGCUUUAGCUGCUUCAAAUACAUGGCGCUGUAUUCGCUUAUACAAUUUACCACCGUCACAUUGCUAUACUCCUUUGCAAGUUCACUAGGAGACUUUCAAUUUUUGUACAUUGAUUUGUUCAUUAUUAUCCCUAUUGCAGUCACGAUGGGCCGAACAUUACCGUACUCGCGCAUAUAUCCCAAGCGCCCAACCGCAUCGCUUGUUUCUAAAAAGGUCCUGUCGAGUAUCAUCGGUCAGAUCGUGAUUACGAGUGCGUUCCAAUUUUGGGCGUUUUGGUGGGUUAGGGGGCAGGAAUGGGUGGUUGCGUUUAUGACGCACUUUAUUAUCGCCACUCUUCGUUUGGCCGCUACCCCACACGGUUGUACCUCGCCGCCUUCCCCCGCGCCCGUUUCAUUUCGGCAGAUCCCGACGGGUGCGAAGCGAACGCUGCUGGUAGGAGCGAUACUCAACGCAGCUAUAUGCUUUGCUUUCGAGCGGUGGAAUCCGGUUGCUGGUGCGCUUGAAGUUGUCUCGCGUGGGCGGCAGCGGCGUGUUCGAGGCGGCCUAGAGUAUCGUGCGGUGGAGGGCGGGAUGGUUGGCCGCACCGGUGCGGAUGAUGAAGAUUAA